UCAGUGAGUCAGUUUUCUAGCAGACGCAAAGGCGUGUGACGAGAGGCUGGCAUGUAGGUUUUAGAUUUCACUCGUAUGACAAGGACAUCUGCUAGUUGAGCCAGUAGAUCUGAAACGUCAACACCAGAGAAUAUCCGGGCUCGAUAAUCUCCGAAGCAGAUUCCAUUUGGCGGAGAAGGCGAGCUGAUGUGUGCACAUAGAGCUGGGGUUAAAACAUCGACGACACGGUCUCAAGGGCACAGCAGAUAAACCACAGCAAGAUUAAGGUGAUGAGGUCACUACGGAACACAGACGGUGGGUGGGCGUGGGUGAUACUUGCGGCGACGGUGUUCAACAUGUUCGUGAUAGGGACUCUCACCAUCUCUGUAGGGAUGUUCCAGGACCGGUUUCUCCAGAACUACAGUGGGAGCACGGCGUAUAUUAGCUUGGUGUGUUCCCUCUUCAUCAGCCUACAGUCAACACUAGGUCCUGUAGCGAGUGUCAUCUGUAACAUGUUCAGCAUACGUACAUCUAUAAUGGUUGGAGGAACUAUACUAUCUGUCGGACUUGUAGCAUCCAGCCUUACCAACACUCUUCCACAAUUGCUGGGGUGCUACGGGAUACUCUCUGGGUUAGGAUAUGGCAUCAUUUACACACCAUCCGUAAUAGCUGUCGGCCAUUACUUCCAGAAGAAGAGGGUAUUAGCCAAUGGAAUCGCUUUAUCUUCUGUCGGCGUUGGUAUGCUCUCGGGUCCACACUUGAUUGGCUGGCUGAUUGACCAGUUCGGGUGGCGGACUGCGAUGUCGACACUUGGAUGCAUCACGGCCCAGAUGGUUGUGACAGGAUCUCUGAUAUUCCCACAUGAAAGGACAAAACGACAUAAAGAGACUAUGUUCUGUUGCCAUUGGAAUAAAUACCAGGAAACGGAAAAUGAGGAUAUAAAUUCAGAACCAAGAGAAGUAUCUGGUAAGGUUAAAUGCGUACAUUGCAGAAGAGAAAAUGUAAAAAUAUCUUGUAAACAUAUCAGCGCAUUUACAGUUCUGAAAGACAAGAUCCUACUGAUCAUCGCUCUCAACUAUUUCAUGGAAAUGAUGGGCUAUUCCAUUCAAAUCGUUCAUCUGCCUUCUUACGUGCGUUCGGUUGGAGUACCACCGACCAAAGUUCCAUCACUGUUCACCGCCUAUGGCCUCACUCUCACAGUGGCGCGGAUUCUGGGUGGGGCGAUCUGUAACGACAAGAACAUUGAUUUGCUGAUGGUGUAUAUAUCGUGUCAAGGCCUCAAAGCUUUGCUUAUGAUGUUCAUGCCACUGUUCGCACAUGGUUUUGCUCAACUUGUUCUAUACCAAGUUCUAUAUGGCGUAUAUUAUGGAUUUAGUUUCAUAUUAUUGACGCCCAUUGUUGUGGAGUUGUUCGGAGUUGAACGUCUGGCAACAGUUUUUGGAGUUACCAUGUGUAUUGGUGGUAUGAGUUACAUCAUUGCUCCAACCAUUGCAGGUGCACUGUACGACAUCACAUCAUCCUACUCAGCGGGAUUCCACAUUGGUGGCUCGGUGUCUCUACUUGGCUCCAUGGUCUUAUUCCUGAUCCCCAUCCUGAGGAGAGACGUCGAAGUUCCAGGGGAUCCUGAGAACAAUGAAUGUUUGGUUGUACCCGAGAAUAUGGAGCAUCUGGUUACAAUUAAAAGCAAAGCAUCUAUGUUAAUACGAGGGAGCAAGGAAUGUACUGAUGUUACUGAGAGUACAAAGGGACCGCCAAUUUGAUAUUGUUUUUACUUUCGGGUUUGUUUUUUAAAGGUGUGUUGUGGGUGAGGGAUAAUAUCAAGAUUAGAUAUUUGUUUAAGCUACAUCUACAAUUUUUUUCAAAACUCAGGGUCUGAAAACAACAUGCAAAAUACAGAUACGUUUAGUGGACAUUUUAACAAAAUGAUAAGCCCAAGUUUAGUGUAAUUUCCUUCACACACCAACAUCAUAUUAUAACAAUUCCAAUGACGAUGUAUUGAGUCUGUUUCCGGCAUUCAAAGGACGUUGAAGCAGCCUUGGCCCCUUGAAUAGACAAAGACCAAAUCAUACCCUUGGCAUGGAAUGUUUGUUGUCUCUCAGUCAGCAAACGUUGGGACUGCACAGAGUUAGAACAAGACCAUGCUCUGUAUUGUUGAAAGACUCCAGCCUUUGAUGAUGGGUGGUUCUACAAACAAUAAAAGCCGACAGCAUC